UGGCCAUGAAAUCAUGCGCCAAUGAUCUAAUUGAGUUUAAUUAACGAAAUAUAUUUUGUUCGUACAAACCUUCACUGAUGGUGAAAACCUUUAUGAACUUCUAAGUGCAUCGUUGAUUUCGUUAACCACUUUGCCACGGUCAAAAUUAACCUCGUGACUUUAGAAACGUUAUCAGCCGAAUAUUUCUUCAAGAAUUACGAUGAAGUGAAGGACAAAUGGCUCUGAUUUUGGCAGUGAAAACCAGCGACCCUGCACAAUUUGCGAGGGUUUUCACUGAGAGACCACGGUAUCCAAUAGACGAUGAGGACGUGAACGGCGAAACCGCUUUGCAUUGGGCUGCAAGGUUCGGGGCAACAAACAUGGUUUCGGAAUUACUGAAGCGAGGUGCUGAUGUGAACAAGAGGAAUGAUUUCGGCAUGACCCCAUUGCAUGCAGCCGCUGUCGGGGGCCAGGUCGGCACUUUGACCCAACUUCUGUUUGCAGAAGGGUGUGAAAAGGGGGCCAGGGAUUUCUUCGGACAAACCCCACUGGACGCGGCUAGGAAGACCCGCGGCAACUUACACGUGUGCAGCAUUCUAGCCACGUGGCCACUUUUGGCGGAGGUUCGGGAGCUGGAACGCAAGUGUUCAGCGGGUCGUGACACUUUGCAAAAACUCAAGGCAGAAUAUAAUGAGGAAAAGUUGCGGAACGAGAGAGAGCUGGAGGAUUUGGUACAACGGAGCCAAGAGCUCGACAAUAAGAAGGCUGAGCUCACUGCUGAGCUCAAGGCUUUGCAGGCAGCAAAGAAACAGUACACGGCUUCCGCUACAAAGUCAGAAACUGCAUCCAGCAGCAAACAUUGAUCGCGCUUCCCUAGUUGUUUCUUAUUGUGUAGGGUACGGUUUUUAUUGGAAGAGCAAAAAAUUGAUAGCUGAAGCAGACACGCCUUGAUGGGGUCGUACUCAGAGAAAUGGGAUUACUCACAAACGCUGCAGGUGUCUGGAAGCGUUGAUGAAGAAAUUCUUGCCGAGGCUGCGCAGGGAGUUCCGCGCCAAAUUCAGCUCGGUGAGCCGCGUCAAAUUCCGGAACGUUCCCUUGUCCACAUUCACCACCUGGUUCUCGCUCAAAUCCCUGCAAAAAAGGAAAUAAACGCGUUCAAGACAACUUCAAGUACGGUUUUUACGCGGUUCUUCAACUUCUAAAAUUGGAAAAAAGUGGUGCGCGUAAUCAUGCUAUUCGCAUAAAUAUACAUCUACACAGUGAAAUCGCCCUAUUGGCGGUCUACGAAACGAUCCAACACUUCUCUCAAGUUAUUUUUCAAUUGAAGAUAAAAAUCAAAAAAUGGUCUACUUCGCGCACCUCAUGAUUCACGGGACAUCGUCUGAGGGUGAAAAGCGAAGUGCGUGAAACACACGUUUUUCUUUUUCUGGGUAAAUCCCUAAUUUAGCUAGAUACUUGAGGUUCCUGAGAGUCCGAACACCAGGAAAGUACAUGGAUGCUCAUAUCCGUAUAUUAAUCCAAUUUUCAUUAAUUUUGUGCACGGAAUAUCUAUUUGGGUGAUUAUUUUUGCAUAAAUACGGUAAUACUUCCAUAUUUUUUUCAGCUGGAAUAUAAAAAAAAUACCGUAACCAACUUUCUUUCGGAUCUGGAAUUGUAGGGAACAGUUGCUAAUUUAUAAAAUGAAUAAAGGCAAGACUAUAGAAAAUUGUUCCAAAACAAUACCUCCGCUUUCGAAUUAUAAGUUCCUCCUCUUCUAGUAACUGUGCUUCGAAAUCAUCAGCAGGCAUAAAAAAAAAAGACUCCAAAUUGAAAAAGGCUGAUUUCUCAUGGAUUACGCAAUUGCAUAAAAAUUCCGAUUGAAAAACUAUGAGAAAAAUUCAAGUCCACGUUUUUAAAAGAAAUGUCGUACUUGAAGACAUAGGCAACCACCACCCCAAGUCAGGUUGGAUGAAAGUCCAUGAUAUUAAUAUUUUUUUUCAACGAAGGAACCCGAAAAGAAGGUAGGAAAGCUAAUAACGACCCGGAAUCGGGCAACACGGUGGCUUGAUAAAUCAUGCAGGGCAACCCAGAAGACUUUGCGACCCGGGGCGUCCCAUCCAUCAUUUAACGGAUCCAUAUUUCACGGAGUUCGUAUCGAUCACGUCGUUUUGCCCAUCAAAGCCCACUGCGACAUUCAUCUUCGCCCCAGAAACUGAUCCGAACGCGUCCAUAAACAACGCCCGCAGUUCGGAGAUGCGUGCCACGCUUCGAACAGUCUCAAGAUUACGAUCAGCAAAUCAAACAGCCGGGAUACUACAAAUUUCCCGUUCACAACCCGCAUAACCCCUUCUCUUCAACAUGAAAAAAAAACUUCAGAUCCGAGAAAAUUAUAGCGUGUAAGCAGAUAUAUGAUACCA